CCAACAGCCCCUCAGCCUAUACUAUUCAAAACUCUUCGAUGAUCGCCCCUCCUGCCCUGUAUCAGACCAUCGACUACGGAUUGACCUGAUCGGGACGAGACUCUUUGAUGAUGAAGAUUCACAGGAGAACCUGGUUUCCGCUGAUCUUUCCUACACGACCUCAGUCACCCACUUGCUGAAAUCAAAACUUACUCCGCACGCCCAGUGCUGCUCGGCGAGCCCCGAAACGAGCACAGACCUCUGCCACCUUCUUGGUCCAUGAUCCAUGAUCCAUGAUCCAUGAUCCAUGAUCCGUGAUCCAUGAUCCAUGAAGCGUGGACCCUGUCUUCGCGACUUCCCCGAAAGUUAGAUCUCGCAGGCUCUCUCCUCCCUUUGCGCAAGAAGAACCCUCUCUCGGACAUCAAAGCGACUGUGUCAAACUCCUGUCAGAAGAAACCUACCAACCACACGCUGAUGAAGUUAUCCUCCGAAGGUCUGGUUGCUGAAGAAUUCAGGCAAAAACAACCGGCGACCCUGCUCAGCCUUACACCGCAUAAUUAUUGUUGGCCACCUUUGACAGGGUACUCCAUGGGCCCCUGCCUCAGGCGCAGAGCGAUGUUCCGCCUUUUUCUUGGAGAAAGAUAAGCCAAAGCCCCGCAAAACAACGUUGUCACCCCAGGAAGGAUGCUGCUCAUCGUCGUUGCUCAGAUUUAUAUCUAAACAUUGUUCGUCCAUCAUCGUGCAAAUACUGGCUAUACAGCAAUUCACGUUCAGCCACGACCAGACCACGGCCGUCAAGGCAAGAGGCUAAGCAUGGAUCCCUCCUCCUCACCUCACAGCCAGAAUUCCUCCUCCAAAUCGAGCUCUCCCGUCAUCACACCCAUCAGGACCGGCAGUGCUUGCCAAUCGUGCAAGAAGAGAAAGACCAAGUGUACCGGCCAACCAGGGCCAUGUGCGAACUGCAGCAAGACAGGAACGUACUGUCAUUUCGACAUGAAACUGGACGGCAGACGAAAGCAUUCCUACGAGGCAACCGACAUUCAUUAUCGGCAGCAGUUCAUUCUCGAUGCACUGCUUCGAAGCAUCAAGUACAACGAUGCCGAUCUUGUGCAAAGACUUGUGGAAGCGAUCAGACUCGGCAGACCGUUGCUCGAAAUUGCCACUGCUCUACAGGACAACAUUAGAGCUUUACAGGGCAAGAUGCUGUCAAAGGAGAAUCAUGUUACUCUCUCGGACAUGAUCUCUCUGGCACUGAACUGUCUAUCAGAUUCCGACUUUCGUCCGCAUGGAAACAGCAGAACCUCACUCCCACUACACCAAACCUUUGUUCUGGGAGAUUCCUUCCGGGUUACCAAGAAUAAAGUGGUCUUGGAUGGUGCCAGAACAAGUGCAAUGAGAGACAUCAGCAUGGACCAAAUGAGCCGACGAUCCCGUAGGAGGUCACAAGCGUCUGGGGCCCAAGAGAGUUGUCCUCGUCAACGUUACCCAGAUGGAACCAAAGCCACGUGUGACACCUGGGCAACGGGCGGAUCAGGUUCGCCCUCCACCACUGCAGCUUCUUGUGUGCAUAUGCCUUCAAAUCUUCUAGAGGAUUGGCAGGUGCCAAAGAGCCCACAAGCAAAGCAUAAAUGGUCGGUCGCUGACGAUUACACUUCGUACGCUCCUCAACAUCAACACCAAGACCAAGUACAUGCACCGACAGACCCAGGAUUCGCAUCCGAUAAGGGCCCAACACACGGAUGCCAGCCGCCCCUUGGAUACCUUCCUGAAUAUUUUGUGCCACCAACCUACAUCAACGAGCAAUUCACCACAUGCUCAGACCACUGCGAUGCUGCAUCGCAAAUGAUGCGCGAAAUCCCCAGGCCUCGGUGCGUUUUGGGCGCCCAAACAGGGGAGGAUAUCUCAUGGCAGUGGUGGCCGUCGUCUCAGCCGGGAUGGCCACUUGCAGCUUGGUCUUCUCUGGCAUGAGAAUGGGUCUCUUCUUGUACAUUAGCUUCAACACCCACCCCAUAUCGAAUCAGCAGGCAACCGAUAUGGGUGACUACCGAGGUUAAUUGCAGGUUGACAAUUACAGUUGGGAAGGAUGGAACAGCUGGUCGAUGCACGUGCUCCAUCUUGAUUUAAUUGUGAAGGAUUAUGGCCAGCGCAAGGUGCAUGUUGUCUUCAGGAGAGGGGGACUGUUUCAAGGUCCCAAUCGAAGAUCAUGCUUUCUUGGAGGUGAACCUUUGCUCCAUAAUCACGGUCGAGCUCCUUUUUCUCUGGGAAGGACGUUGGUGGCGGUUCGGCACCAGCCCAGGGUCUGCCAUGCAUGGCGAAUAACAUCAGGUCGAUGGGGGUAAAGGUGACCGGAAUGGCAAUUGCUCAGGGAUGGAGCAUUAAGUUGAAGGGCAUAUCUCGUACCAUCUGCAGAGGACGAAGCCUCUAACCGAAAGAUCGGAACGAUCAAGUCUGCCUUGAUCGGCAAAUGAGGUGCUCAGCGCACCCUGCAUGCGGUGGGCACUGCUAAGGUAGGCUGAAGAGCUCGGCGUGAUCGUGCUGCAAUGUGGGCAGUAAUUCGCUGGGGUACUUCAUCACUGCAGCCACGUUGUCCCCGGUUCCUGGCACCCACCUGGAAGGAGAAAAAGAUGGAGGAUUGCCGUCAGCAUGCCUGAUGCACAAGCUAUACCAGACACAGAAUUGUUCACGUGCAUCAUGGCAUCUACUGUGUAGAGAAAUCACCCUUUUGCUCUUG